AUGAAAACCUCAAAGGCAUCCCAGCGCUACAGAAGCAUCAGGAGAAAUGCCAGCCAGUGCUACCUCUACCAGGACGCUCUGCUGCUUGGUAACUCCGAUGACAGCUUUAAUGCUGAUGAAACGGGGGACAGCAGUGAUCCAGAACAAAUCUUCCAGAAUAUACAGUUUCAGAAAGAUCUCAUGGCAAAUAUUCGCUGCAGACCCUGGACCAUGGGGCAGAAGCUGCGGGCACUGAGACGAGCAAAGGAGAUUGUACUGAAGUUUGAAGGGAGGUUGACUAGAACCCGAGGCUACCAAGCAGCAGGAGCAGAGCUCUGGCGGAAAUUUGCCCGUCUGGCCUGUAACUUUGUGGUCAUUUUCAUCCCCUGGGAAAUGAGAAUAAAGAAAAUUGAGAGCCACUUCGGAUCUGGUGUGGCCUCCUACUUCAUCUUCCUGAGGUGGUUAUUCGGGAUUAACAUAGUCCUCACGAUGAUGACUGGUGCGUUUAUUGUCAUUCCCGAGCUGAUCGCAGGCCAGCCCUUUGGAAGUACCGCCAGCAAGACCAUCCCCCUGGAGCAGAUCACAUCUGCACAAGAUCUGGACACUGUCUGGUCCCUGGGGGGCUACCUUCAGUACUCUGUCCUGUUCUACGGGUACUAUGGAAGGGAGAGGAGGAUCGGGAGAGCCGGCUACCGUCUGCCCUUGGCGUAUUUCCUGGUGGGGAUGGCAGUGUUUGCUUACAGCUUCAUCAUUCUGUUAAAAAAAAUGGCUAAGAACUCCCGCACCAGCCUGGCCAGCGCUUCCAAUGAAAACUACACCUUCUGCUGGAGGGUUUUUUGUGCCUGGGAUUACCUCAUUGGGAACCCAGAGGCUGCAGAGAGCAAAACAGCCGCCAUCGUGAACAGCAUUAGGGAAGCCAUACUGGAAGAGCAAGAAAAGAAGAAAAACAAAAACAUGGCAGUGACUGUGUGUCUGAGAAUCAUUGCCAACAUCCUAGUGCUUCUCUCACUGGCUGGGAGCAUCUAUCUCAUCUACUUUGUGGUGGACCGGUCCCAGAAGCUGGAGCAGUCGAAGAAGGAGCUGACCCUUUGGGAGAAGAACGAGGUGAGCGUUGUGGUCUCCCUUGUCACCAUGCUAGCACCAUCUGCCUUUGACCUCAUCGCUGCCUUGGAGAUGUACCACCCACGAACGACACUGCGCUUCCAGCUAGCAAGGGUCCUGGUACUGUAUCUAGGAAAUCUCUACAGCCUGAUCAUUGCUCUUCUGGACAAAGUGAACAGCAUGAACAUUGAGGAAGCUGCUACUAAAAACAUCACAACCCACUGGACAGAUUCUUCCACUGUCUAUGCCACCAGUACAGUGCCUGAAGAAGGACAAUGGCCUACAUGGCCUGGGUCAGGAGUGGAACUCAGGAGAAACACCAGCACGUGGGUCUUGGAAGAGACAAGCCUUCUGACUUCUACCAUGCCGCACCCAAAGGCCAACAAGACGGUGUCCUACAUGCAGGGACCACAAGGCCAGUGCUGGGAGACAUAUGUUGGCCAGGAGAUGCUGAAGCUGUCUGUCAUUGACAUGCUCUUCACGGUGGCCAGCAUCCUCCUCAUAGACUUCUUCCGAGGACUUUUCGUUCGCUACCUGAGUGACUACUGGUGUUGGGACCUUGAAAGCAAGUUUCCUGAAUACGGAGAAUUCAAGAUUGCGGAAAAUGUGCUGCACCUCGUCUACAAUCAAGGCAUGAUCUGGAUGGGGGCCUUCUUCUCUCCGUGCCUGCCAGCCUUCAAUGUCCUCAAGCUCAUUGGGCUGAUGUACCUGAGGAGCUGGGCGGUGCUGACCUGUAAUGUACCUCACCAGCAAGUGUUUCGGGCGUCCAGAUCCAACAACUUCUACCUGGCAAUGCUCCUCUUCAUGCUGUUCCUCUGCAUGCUGCCGACCAUCUUUGCCAUUGUCCACUACAAGCCGUCCCUGAACUGUGGCCCCUUCAGUGGACAAGAGAAAAUUUAUGACAUUGUGUCAGAGACGAUAGAGAACGACUUCCCCGCCUGGUUUCACGCUGUGGUUGGACACAUCAGCAGCCCCGUGGUGAUCCUUCCAGCUGUGCUGCUUCUGUUCAUGCUCAUCUACUACCUCCAGAGCAUCGCGAGGUCGCUGAAGCUCAGCAGCCAGCAACUCAGGAUGCAGAUCCAAAAUGCAAGAUCCGAAGAUAAGAAGAAGGUUGCCCAAAUGGUAGAGGCUCGGAUCCAGACUCAUGAAGAAAGUGCCAAGAGGCUUCUAAAGGAUGGUGACCUUCUCAGCCAGCUGUCCUCAGCUUACAUGACAAUACCCCAAAACAAUGGCAAUGUGGUCAACUUUGACUCUCUGAGUAGCAAGAGCCUCAGGAUGGAGAGAGUCACAAGGUCCCUGCCCCAGAGUCCUGGGCAAGGGUCCAGGAGCCCCUGUUCUCCUCUUCUGGGUGGAUCUAAGUCACGGCCAGAGCAGGACACCAAUAGGUAUCGACCUGGGCCGUGUGCCAGCACAGACAACCUCCACAAAAACAGAUCCUGCUCGUCUGUGACACAAACACAGCCCCUCAAAGAUGUCCGCUCGGAGCCUCUUUCCCGAAAAGACUUUCAGCCGAUCAGACCUCCUUUCUGUGGACCUGGGGUCUCUGCCUUGAUGACACACAGCCGCAGACCCCGUGCUCCCAGAUACUAUGUUGUUAAGGAACGUGACUCUCACAAAAAGACCCACCCAGCUUUCUGGCCAGAAAGACAUUUCAAGAUAGAUGCUUUAGGUGACAUUGUAGAGCUGUAUCCCAGGAAUGGGCAGCAGUACAUGUCCUGGGACCCCCACCAGCCUUGCUCUCCACAGAUGAGUGAAGAAGAGGAGGAGAUGCUGAGGAGAGAUUUGGUCCACAGGCUGAUGCCCCCUGGCUCCCUGACAGACCUUCCUCGGGCUUCUUGUUUUUAUACUGGUGACAGAUCAGGAAGUGACACCAGAGACCCCGAGUACCAUCGAAGGGUGUACUACAGAUCUGGGGAUAAGGGUUUUGAAAGCCAGAUAGACAGACCCACAUUUGUUCACAAAAAGCCACGAUCCAGGAAUGCCCAAUACCCACAGCAUCCUCUGAAGGCCAGAGUCAAAACCAAGUUUGAGCCAUCCUUCACAGAAUCAGAUUCUGUGUCAGCAGCAUCCAGCAGUGACCAACAAAACAGCAACAAUGACCAAUACCUGCAGGUCAUGUCCACCCAGGGCAGAUUCCCAAGCCAGCUGGGCAGGAGGAAGGCCAAGUCCAGGCAGGUACUGCCCACGGAUCUAAAUGACCUGAUUUGCUCAAAUGUCUAGGCUUCUUCCCAUGUCCCUUCCCAAAGACUAGACCUCACUGGAAGUAUUGGGAACACGCAGUCCCACCCUUCCUAGAAGAAGGGAGCUCUCUGGAGCUGUUAAAGAUCUGUGGAGCUUCUUUAGGCUUAUGCGCCGCUGCUGUCUGAGGUUCUGAGACCCUCAGGCAGUAACUUCCUAGGCACAGCAAUGGUGUGCCAGCGCAAUUCCUGGUGUUUCUGUGUGUCUAGCACACAUCAGCACGUCAGGCGUCAUUUCAAGAAAAUGCCAGGCCUUGGAUUCCACUCAGGGUGGCCAUGCUCACCAGCAAGCCAGCCAGCUCACUGGGACUGCAAAAACCAACCAACCUUGACACUCUUGUUUGUCUUUAAUGAUAUGAGUGAGUGCUUUGCGCCAUGGCUUUCUUUUGACAUGCAGGCAUCAACACUCCAUGUGAGUGCCGGAAAUGAGGUGGCCACCCUUGAAGUGCUCCCAGGACUUAGUUUAUGAGGACAACCAGUUCAGUAGAGGCCGUUGGAGCACACUGCAAGCUUAUUUAACCCCGUGUUAGUUAAUCAGGAUGUAGGUUAGAACUGAUCCCAAACUUAUCCCUGGGGUAUCCCGGUUCACUAUGAAGGAUGGGGAUUGAGACUCAGUACCGUGCUCCGCUGGAACCGAGACUUAAACAUCGCCAAGAACACCCGUCUUCUCUCCUCUCGGCUCCGAUUCUGUGUUUGCUGACUUUGUUUUCCCUCACUGCCCAUACGUAGACUUCUUUCAGUUCAGGUAGGAGAUGAAGAAUUCACAGCCACGGAGAUGCUAGGCUUGUCGUCUGCUCCCAACAAACCCACAGAAAAGAGCAACGCUGACACUACCCUCUCCCGCUGUGUGCGCUCUCGGGGAGUGGUUCUUUGGCUUCUCUGACCUGCCCUGGCCAGGGCGUGGCAGCUGUGAACGAUCCAUCCCAUGGUAACCAGCUCGGUGCCCUGACUCUUUUCAUAUCACUUUUUAAAAAGCUCUGACCUUUAACAUUUCUGUCUCCUCUACGAUACUCCAAGUGUCUUUGGGAGGAAAAUGGUUCUACGUUCCCAGGAACUGGCACACACUAGUUAUCACAUGUGGGUUUUCCAUCUCUGCUGUCCAUCAGAAUAACAAUGGGGACUCUGCACAGAUCGGAUUUGGAAACAGAGCAUCCCACUGACAAUGCCAUAGCUGUGAGCCCCGAGCGCAUGCAGAGUCCAGAGCAAGGAAGACAUUUCAUGAGCAAACAAAGCUUGCAUGAGCUGCUUCCGUCAACUCUCCUUGUUAGUAAGAGGAAGAGCAAGGGUGGCACAGGCACCAGGGCAGACAGAUGUUCUUGCAGAAAUACAGCCUGUACAGAAUUGUGGUGUCUUUAGUGUCAGGUCGUGGUUCUGGCCAAAACUUUCCAGCUACAAGGUGUGUAUGUUCCAAUCUCCCUGCUUCUCAGGCCCCAGGCCUCAUUUACUGUCUCGUCGGAACUCAACACAAGCAGUUCCAUUUGACUGUUGUGGUUUGCACACCACCACAGCAGAGGGGCUUACCAGGCAGCAUACUUACCAUCCUGCCAUCACCAUCACCAGGGCUUUGGAGUGCAGGCACGGCUGGCUGGGUCCUUGUGGGUUCGCAACCCAGAUAAGGGAUGGUAUAGCAUUGCCCAUACUCUGGGACUUCUCUCGGGGAGCAUGCAGGGCUAGUGCCACUUCCUACCCAAAUCAUGCCUGAGCCUACUCAGCUCCGUGGAGACAAGGACCACAUCAUGUUAGAGUCAGCUGAGCUUCUGUUUCCCCACCUGAGAACUGGCUUCUCAGAAAUCAUGCGACCAGACCAGCGGUCUGCCAAUCUAACUGACAGGCUUGAAAAGCCCCUGCCUCUUCUUGCUUUCCAGUUUGAAUUAGUGUGUCAUUAAUGUUUGCUCAUCCUCAAUUAGAUCUGCAUAUGCAAAUUAGGGGCAUUUCCUCCCUACUCCUUAUUCCUCCCCUCCCCCCUAACUCCUGCUAUAUGACCUAGCCCCACUACUUCAAUAAACAAG